UGGAGCGGAAAGGCGGGUUUUAGGGCGAAUGGCGUAAAUUUGAUUUUAUGUUAAAUGUUCGUUUCGUUCGUAGCUGUGUUCUUGCAAGAAUCGGAAGGGCGCGAUCUCGAUCAAGAAACGCAACCAGGAAAAAGAAACCCUAUAGACUCAUCCCAUUUCCACCACCACCUCCACCUCCUUUUUUCCGAGCGGCAACAAUGGCGUCCGGCGAAAGAAGCAGCAGGAGGUGGGUCACCCGAUGGCCCGAUCUCUCUACCGAUAUCCUGGACGUCAUCGUCAAGAAGCUCACCCGCGCCGCCGAUUACCUCCACUUCCGUUGCGUCUGCAAGUCCUGGCGCUCCUUCGCCAAACCCACCAAUCUUCCCUCCCACCUCCCUCUCCUCGUGCUCCCCUACGACCCCCACUCCCUACAACGUCACGUUCUCAGCCUCCCCACCAGGGAGAUCCGCACUCUCCUCAUCCCCGACCUCGUCGACAGAGUAAUCCUCGCCUCCUCCCGCGGCUGGCUCCUCCUGCUCGACCUCAGAUACUGGUGCAGACGCCUCUUCUUGCUGAACCCCCUCACCGGGGCCCAAGUCCAGCUCCCUCCCACCGAUGGUUUCCUCCACCUGACCGGCUUCGAAUUCUCGUGGAAGGCGUACUUGCUUUUGAGCCCGAACUUGGACCCGAGGGAUUCCGUGGUGGUGGUCGCCGAGUGCUAUCGUAACUCCCGUGAAAUCGCCUUCUGUAAAUUGGGAGAUGAAUCAUGGACCGUGAUGAAUACCGGUUUGGUCACUGAGCUCGUCUCCGUGGCGCACCAUGAGGGGAGCCUUUAUAUGACCGACAUGCAAAGCAAUGCUUCGGUUUGUAAAAUUGCUUCCCCUUUGAACCCUGAGCCGAUCAAUUUGCCGAAUAUUGAUCUUGAGGGGUGUUAUCUGUUUUUCGUGACAACAUCUACGCAGUUGUUGUUAUUUGUUCAAUAUCAUGCAGAUCUUGUCCCCGAUGAUGCUGAUUUUGAUGAUGAACCUUUCGAUCAUUUUAUUGGAGUAUUUGAGUUGAAGCAGGGGAACGCACCCGGAUGGAAUAAGAUCGAAGGCAUUCAUGGAAAUAAAUUGUACAUGGCAAUGGAGCUAUUUCCGACCUACCUUGUUUUCGGUUGGGCUAUUCCUGGACGCAGAGGAGAUUGCAUUUUCUAUAGCAGUGCUUCUGGCUUUUCAUAUAGACAGCUGAAGGGCGAUUUUCAUGAAAUAGAUGAUUUUGACUUCGAGACCGGCAACCAUGAACGAAUAAUUCGUACUUGGGCGGAUUCAACGUCGAAUAAGCGGCUGGCUCCUUUUUGGAUCGAGCUCAAUCUCUGCAAAAUGUUGGAAUAGAGUCCAGUUCAGGACCUGCAAAAGCUUGAACCUAGGUGCGGCAGACAAGUCAAGCUUGAAUCUGGGAAGAGGCAACCUUUGCUGAAGUAGCACAGAUGCAUAUAUUUGUUGCAGUUCUAGAAUGUAUUUUUUUUUCACUUUUUCUCUAGUUCUUUUACUAGUUGAGAAAGUCCUCUCACUGAAUGAAAGUCUGCUUUU